ACUCCGCGCUGCUGUCGUGAGGGAACACCGCACGGAUGAGGGCACCGUCGUCUCCGGGAACCGUCUCACGUUACUCCUUGUGACACGUCCAGCAAACGCGUCCCCUCCGCCUGCCAUCUGGGACUUCACCUGCCGCCGUGUGGCUCUCUCUUUGGGGAGGACGUGCGUGUUUUCUUUCCUCCGGGGAGGCUGAAUGGAAGCAGCAGCCGAGGGAGCGGUCGGGGUGUCGGAGGCCGGGGAAGGGAGCCCGCUAUCCGGAGCCGCAGCAUCCGAUGAUGGAGAGACGGUUUUGGGAGUCGGCUACGGGAUGGAUGCCGGAGACAUGGAUGCAGCUGCCAAGAAAGCCUUCAUCACAGAGAUGCCCUCAUCUUCAAGCCAGCCAGGUCAAGGAAAGAAGAUUGGCCACAGAGGGGUGGAUGCAUCCGGAGAAACUACUUACAAGAAGACCACAUCAUCAGCCUUGAAAGGUGCCAUCCAGUUGGGAAUCGGUUACACAGUCGGCAACUUGAGCUCCAAGCCAGAGAGAGAUGUCCUGAUGCAGGAUUUCUACGUGGUGGAAAGCAUCUUUUUCCCCAGCGAAGGGAGCAACCUCACCCCAGCCCAUCAUUUCCCAGACUUCCGCUUUAAGACGUACGCUCCUGUGGCCUUCCGCUACUUCAGAGAACUGUUCGGCAUCAGGCCGGAUGACUACCUGUACUCCCUCUGUAACGAGCCCCUGAUCGAGCUGUCCAACCCCGGAGCGAGUGGCUCAGUCUUCUACCUGACGAAGGACGAUGAGUUCAUCAUCAAAACCGUGAUGCACAAGGAGGCCGAGUUCUUACAGAAGCUGCUGCCUGGAUACUACAUGAACUUGAAUCAGAACCCUCGUACGCUGCUGCCCAAGUUUUUCGGCCUCUACUGCGUCCAGUCGGGCGGGAAGAACAUCCGCGUGGUGGUGAUGAACAACGUGCUGCCCCGCGUGGUUCGCAUGCACCUCAAGUUCGACCUGAAGGGCUCCACCUACAAGAGGCGAGCGUCCAAGAAGGAGAGGGAGAAGGCCAAACCCACGUUCAAAGACCUGGACUUCAUGCAGGACAUGCCGGAUGGACUGAUGCUGGACCAGGACACCUACAGCGCCAUGGUUAAAACUCUACAGAGAGACUGUCUGGUCCUGGAAAGCUUCAAGAUUAUGGACUACAGCCUGCUGCUCGGGGUCCACAACAUGGACCAAGCGGAGAGGGAGAGGCAGAUGGAGGGGUCUCAGGGCGACGACGACGAGAAGAGGCCCGUGGCCCAGCAGAAGGCCCUCUACUCCACCGCCAUGGAGUCCAUCCAGGGGGGAGCCGCCUGCGGAGGGUCCAUCGACACUGACGACACGAUGGGUGGCAUUCCAGCGGUUAACGGCAAAGGGGAAAGACUUCUUCUCUACAUCGGGAUCAUCGACAUCUUACAAUCCUACAGGCUAAUAAAGAAACUGGAGCACACGUGGAAGGCUUUGGUUCACGACGGGGACACCGUAUCGGUCCACCGACCAGGUUUCUAUGCCGACAGGUUCUUCAAGUUCAUGAGCAGCACGGUAUUCAAGAAGAGCUCAUCGCUGAAGUCCUCCCCGUCCAAGAAGGGCCGCGUGUCGUUGUCGGUGCCCAAAUGCGCCGGACCGGGCGCAGCGUGGUCCGCCAGCCAGCUGGCCUCUGAGAGGGACGAGAACAUCUACGACCUGAGAGGAGCCCACAGCUUCCCGACGCUGGAGGACGAAGGUCGCCAGGAUCUCCUUCCGUGUACUCCCCCGUCGUUUGAGGAGGCCACCACGGCGUCCAUUGCCACGACACUCUCGUCCACCACGUCUUUGUCCAUCCCAGAAAGAUCUCCGUCUGACACGGCAGAGCAUCCGCGCUACAGGAGGCACACCCAGUCUCUCAGCCACGACGGAAGGACCCAGGAGGAGCUGCGUGUGCGCGAGGAGGAACAGCAGACCAUCACCGUGGAGGUGGAGCUGAAGAGACACGACAGCGAGCCAACCAUCUCUGUCCCGCAGUCCUCGCCUGAGACCAGUGAGCCUCAGGCAGCGGCCGACACAGAAGAGGCCGCGGCACCCCCAAGCUCCGCGGCAGCCCCUGAGGCGGCCUCCUCCUCGUCCUCCUCCGCCCCGGCCGCUGCUCCCUCUUCCCCGGGGCCGGCCGAGGAGGCCCCCCCCAGACCCGAGGUGGUGGUGGUGGUGGAGCCCGACGGGGCCAGCCAGAUGUCCGGCUCAGGCUGCACCAGCCAGGCUUCGGUCGACGACGACGACGACGUGCCAGCAUCCGAUAUCUACUUCCCUCCAGAGGACAGGACCUGGGUGUACUCUCCGCUACACUAUGGCUCAGAGUCUAAGGCCCUGCCAGAUGGGGAUUGGGAAAGAGAGACAUAAAACACGGUUUCCCCGGCGGAGAGAAAGAGAGCGAGGAGUGAACAUCUCAGAAGAGCGGACUCAUCGGUCAGGAGUCCAGGCCGCAACAGGAGAAGCACGAUCUCUGCGUGCAGCAGGGUUGUAAACAUACUGAGAGGAAUAAGUGAAACGAACACCUAAGGAGCGGAGA